CAAUAAUACGGACUAGAAAAUUCCCACCGAUCGAUCGGUGGAACUAGGUUAUAUAAAUAACCUGUCAGCAACCAGCGCCGUUCAUACAUCGCCGCCGUAAAACUUUCCCCUUCUUCAAAGGUUUCCAUACUUAAAACCCUUCAAAAACCCCAACUCCCUCUGAAGAUUCAAAGUUUCUGCGUUGCGAGAUGAAUAACUUGAAGCUAUAUUCCGAGAGUCUUCUCAAACUCGAAUUACAAACCGAUGAAGAAGUCAUACAGUUCUCCGCCUUCGACAUUGAGCGGAAUCGUCUCUUCUUUCUUUCCUCCGCCAAUUUCAUUUACACUACUCAGCUUACUUCAUUCCAUGAUGGAGUAAUGAAGAGUGUAGCCAUGUUGCCUGCUGAAGUUCAUCCUAUAAAUGUGGAAACUGGAGAUUAUGUUACGUCCUUUGAUUAUUUGAUGGAGAAAGAAACUUUGAUAGUUGGAACUCGGAAUGGAAUUCUUUUGCUUUUUUCUGUGGAUGGAAAUGGGAGUGAAGUUGUUGGCAGGGUGGAGGGUGGUGUGAAACGCAUAUCACCUAGUCCAGAUGGUGAUUUGUUAUGCAUAAUUUCUGGGCUUCGGCAGAUUUUAGUAAUGACUCAUGAUUGGGAUUUGAUGUAUGAGAACAAUCUCGAGGAUUUUCUUGAAGGUGAACCAAACCUUUCAGAGCAAAAUGAUUUUGAAGGUUCCAUUUCUUGGCGAGGUGAUGGGAAAUACUUUGUGACACUAAGUGAUGUAGAAAAUUCUAAUACUGCACUCAAGAAGCUCAAGAUCUGGGAGCGAGAUGGAGGUUCCUUGCACGCUUCAUCUGAAUCAAAAACAUUUGUGGGAGGAGUUUUGGAAUGGAUGCCCAGUGGAGCUAAAAUUGCAGCUGUUUAUGAUAAGAAAAGUGAAUCUGAAUUUUCUACUAUAGUAUUUUUCGAAAGGAAUGGAUUAGAAAGAAGUUCUUUUUGUAUUAACGAGCAAAUUGGUGCAAAAGUUGAACUUCUAAAGUGGAAUUGCAGUUCAGAUCUCCUUGCAGCUACUGUCAGAUGCGGAAAUUAUGAUUCUGUAAAGAUCUGGUUUUUCAGCAAUAAUCAUUGGUACUUGAAGCAUGAAAUUCGGUACUCAAAGCAGGAUGUGGUUAGGUUUGUAUGGGAUCCAACAAGGCCUCUUCAGUUAUUUUGUUGGACUGUUCAUGGACAAAUUACAAUGUACAACUUUAUGUGGAUCUCAGCUAUCAUGGAGAACUCAACAGCAUUGGUCAUUGAUGAUGCAAAGAUAUUAGUGACCCCUCUUUCUUUGUCACUCAUGCCACCUCCUCUGUAUUUAUUCAGCUUGAAAUUUUCAAGUGCUGUCCGUGACGUGGCCUUUUUCUCUAAGAUUUCUAAGAAUUGUUUGGCUGCCUUAUUAUCAGAUGGCCGUUUAUGCAUUGUUGAGUUUCCUGCAGUCGAUGUCUGGGAAGAACUAGAAGGAAAGGAAUUUUAUGUUGAAGCUUCGACUUCUGAAUCAACAUUUGGCUCCUUUCAGCAUAUUGUCUGGUUGGACUUGCAUAAACUUCUUGUUGUUUCACAUUAUGGGUUUGACUAUUAUAACUACAUCUCUCAAGGCUCCCCCAAUGAGGAACCUUUUGGAUUUUGUUUAUUGGAAAUUGAUCUUGAAUCUCCCAAGGAUCAUAUUCUAGGUUUACCGGCAUGUUCUGGUUGGUAUGCAAGGAUUUCAAAUAGAAAAUUUAUUGAAGGACCAGUCAUCUGUGUAGCUUCAAAUCCUGCUGAGAAUUGUACUGCAUUUGUCCAGCUUAAUGGUGGGAGAAUUCUUAAGUAUGCAUCUGGAUCAGGCCUUUCUUGUGAAUUUUUGAAGGAGGAGGAUAAGAGUUUUUCAUCAUCUUGUCCCUGGAUGAGCGUGGCUUUGGUGGAUAAUAAUGGGUUACUAAAGCCCCUUCUUUUUGGACUUGAUGAUGUUGGGAGGCUCCAUUUGAAUAGGAUGGUAGUCUGCAACAAUUGUAGUGGUUUCUCCUUUUACUCAAAUUUGGGGGACCAAAUAACUACGCAUUUGAUUUUAGCAACUAAACAGGAUAUGCUUUGUAUUCUAGACAUUCCGGAUGUAUUGCAUGAAAAAAUAGAAGAGAAAUACAAUUUUUUUCAAGCUAGUAGCAAAUGCAAAGAAGAAGAAAGUAGAAACUUUAUCUAUAUAUGGGAAAGAAGUGCCAAAAUUGUUGGUGUUCUGCAUGGUGAUGCUGCUGCUGUUAUAUUACAAACUACUCGAGGAAAUCUAGAGUGCGUAUAUCCACGAAAGUUGGUACUUGCAUCUAUCACUAAUGCAUUGAUCCAAGGGCGCUUCAGAGAUGCACUUCUUAUGGUUAGGCGCCAUAGGAUAGAUUUUAAUGUCAUUGUUGAUUACUGUGGUUUACAAGCAUUUAUUCAGUCUGCGGCCGAAUUUGUGAAGCAGGUUAAUAAUUUUAACUAUAUCACUGAAUUUGUUUGUGCCAUAAAAAAUGAAGAUGUAACAGAGACCCUGUAUAAAAACUUCAUAUCUAGUUCAUGCACUGAUGACAGUAAAGUUGGAGCAUGGAGAGAAGCCAAAGAUUCUUAUGUAAAAAACAAGGUUUCUUCGGUCCUGUUGGCCACAAGGAAAGCUGUUGAGGAGCAUAUGAUGGAAAGUCCAGCAAGAGAGCUAUGCAUUUUGACCACCCUUGCACGCAGUGAUCCGCCAGCACUUGAAGAAGCUUUGGAGAGAAUAAAAGUAAUACGUGAAAUUGAGCUGUUAAAUUCUGAUGACCCAAGGAGAAUAUCUUAUCCUUCUUCUGAAGAAGCUCUAAAACAUCUCUUAUGGUUGUCUGACCCCGAUGCUGUUUUUGAGACCGCUUUAGGCCUUUAUGAUUUAAAACUUGCUGCUAUUGUGGCGAUAAACUCGCAGCGGGAUCCAAAAGAAUUUAUCCCUCAUCUUCAGGAACUGGAGAAGAUGCAAUUCCUCUUAAUGUGCUACAAUAUUGACCUAAGAUUGUCAAGAUUUGAGAAAGCUUUAAAACAUAUUGUUUCUGCUGGGGAGGAUCAUUUUUCUGAUUGUAUAAACCUAAUGAAGAAAAAACCUCAAUUAUUCCCUUUGGGACUUCAGUUGAUCACAGAUAAUGCUAAGAGGAAAUUAGUCCUUGAGGCAUGGGGUGAUUAUCUUAUUGAUGAAAAAAGUUUUGAGGAUGCUGCAGAAACUUAUCUCUGCUGUUUCAAUUUGGAAAAAGCUUUGAAGUCAUAUCGUGCUAGUGGUAACUGGAGUCGGGUGUUUAUAGUCGCCGGGUUUCUUAAAAUGAGAGAAGAUGAGAUAUUGCAAUUGGCUCAUGAACUCUGUGAAGAGCUUCAAGCUCUUGGUAAACCAGGUGAAGCUGCUAAAAUUGCCCUAGAGUACUGUGGGGAUAUUAACCGUGGUAUGGCUUUGUUAAUUAGUGCUAGGGACUGGGAAGAGGCUUUGAGAAUUGCUUUUAUGCAUCAGAGAGAAGAUUUAAUAUCAGAACUGAAGAAUGCAUCUGCAGAAUGUGCGAGCUUGCUUAUUGGUGAAUAUGAGGAAGGAUUGGAGAAAGUUGGGAAGUAUAUAACUCGAUACUUAGCUGUCCGACAGAGAAGAUUACUUCUUGCUGCUAAGGUCAAGGCAGAGGAAAGUUCAAUGAGUAAUCUUGAUGAUGAUACUGCGUCAGAAGCUAGUAGUAAUUUGAGUGGAAUGAGUGCUUACUCAGCUGGGAGUAAAAGGAGUUCAGCUGUUUCCAUGAGCACAACUGCAGGUAGGAAGUCAAGAGAGGCAAGACGACAGAAAAGUAGAGGAAAAAUCCGUCCUGGAAGUCCUGGUGAGGAGAUGGCUCUUGUAGAGCAUUUAAAGGGCAUGUCUCUAACUGCUGGGGCUAGGUCUGAGCUAAAAUCAUUAUUGGUUUCCCUUAUGAUGCUGGGAAAGGAAGAAACUGCAAAGAAGCUCCAACGAACAGCAGAGAGCUUUCAACUUUCACAAAUGGCAGCUAUGAACCUUGCAAAUGAUACUAUUUCUAGUGAUAUAAUAAAUGAACAGGCAGACACAUUGGAAAACUACGUACAAGUAUUGAAAAGUGAAGUCCAAAAAUUGGAAGUUUUCUCGUGGCGUUCUAGAGUAUUCCUUUCUUCAUGACUGCUUUUAACCAAGGGAAAGAUAUCUGCCUUUUUAAAUUAAAGCCUUUGCAAUCUCAAAUUCAGGCACAGGGUUAUAAUUUUAAGGGAUUGAAGGGAAGAUACAAAUGCUGAGCUGAAGAAUGAGUUUUGAUAGAAUUUCAUCCAAGUUUUGCAGAAAUCUUUUGCUUUUAGAAUCUGUAUCAGUACACAUCUUCAUGUUAAGCCAGAGAGAUUUUACAAUACAGAAUGUGGUUAGAAUCCAAAUCAGAGUGUUUGAUGA